UUUUCAGUCAAAGUGGAUGAUGCUUCUAAAACAAGUGUCGAAAUUGCGAACGAGCCCAAUAAACUCUUACAGUCAGAUUUUGUUGUGCAAGAAGAAGAACGACAACAGCGGCAAAAGCCACCGCAACAGCCGCAGCAGCAGAAACCGGAAUCAAACACAGCGGUACUGCAAAUUGUCGACAUAGCCGCAGUAGGUGACAUCUCAGAAACGAUCCAGCAACAACUGCACCAUCACCACCACAACAACAACGAGCAAGGACUUACAGUAAUUGAAGUCGAAGUGGAUUCAACGGAAGAGAUCGUCGAGCUAAGCUCGAGUGGUACCGCAGCAAGUGAAGUUUCUGUAUUGUCUGACAACGUAUCUAACAUGUAUAUAAUUGAGCCAAGUCUCUCAACUAAUUUAAACGAAAAUGUUGCUGCUGGCCAGGUGGAAGGGGAGGAGGCACACCGUAUUAUCGCCCCAGUAGUAACUAGCUCACAUGAUAGCACACCCGAUGAGACUGAUCGAUCCCAAGAAAUGCCAGACUUGGAAGCGACACCGAUUGGGGAAAAUGUAAAAGCAGAAAGUGAAAGAAAUACAUCAUUAUCGAAAAAUUUAUCAACGAAAAGCUUAGUAACAGCAAAAGACGCCAAGGAUGUUAAGGAUGCGGAUAUAGAAAAAGUAGCGGAGCCAAACAAAAUUGAGACAUCAGCGCCUGCUGCACAACAAGAAACUAUCGCCAGUAAUGUUGCAAUGGAAACCACAGAUAUCGCGACAUCGUUGAUCAACUACAAUGAAGGUCAAUGGUCGCCGAAUAAUCCAAGUGGUAAGAAGCAAUACGAUCGCGAGCAACUAUUGCAGUUGCGAGAGGCGAAGGCUUCCCGUAUUCAGCCCGAAGUGAAAAAUGUCUCAAUAUUGCCGCACCCAAACCUAAUGCCCAUGUUUAUGCGCAAUAGCAAUAAUAAUAACAAUAAUAACAAUAAGCGGGUUCAGUCGAUGGUUGGCAUGAUUGGUGGCAGUCGAAAUAGUGAAUCGAUUGGUAGUAAUUUUGGUGGCAAGCAAGCUUCAAUGUCCGGUGUUCAAGGCGGCGGCGGUGGUCGCAGCAGCAUGAAAGGUAUGAUCCAUGUCAAUCUAUCACUUAAUCAAGAUGUUAAGCUGAAUGAAACGGAAAAUGCCUGGCGACCGCGAUUACAAACUAAUAAGCAACAGCAGGAUUCGACGAGCGGCGGUAACUCCGGUGGCAACAAAUCAAUCCAUGAAAAAGACGAGCUUGUGCGUAAAGUGCGUGGCAUUUUGAACAAGCUAACGCCAGAAAGAUUUGACACGUUAGUUGAGGAGAUAAUUAAGCUAAAGAUCGAUACCCCCGAAAAAAUGGAUGAAGUAAUUGUGCUUGUCUUUGAGAAGGCUAUCGAUGAACCAAAUUUUUCCGUGUCAUAUGCAAGACUGUGCCAUCGCCUGAUCAGUGAAGUUAAGGCACGUGAUGAGCGCAUGGAAAGUGGCACAAAAUCGAACUUACAACAUUUCCGUAACGCACUACUCGAUAAGACGGAAAAAGAAUUCACACAAAAUGUCUCGCAAGGCGCGGCCAAAGAGAGAAAACUACAGCCAAUUAUUGAGAAGAUAAAAAAAUGUAAUGAUCCCAAUGAAAAGGCUGAGCUAGAAGCCCUGCUCGAAGAGGAGGAGCGCAAGAUACGACGUCGUUCAGGCGGGACUGUGCGCUUCAUUGGUGAACUUUUUAAAAUCUCAAUGUUAACUGGGAAGAUUAUAUACUCUUGUAUCGAUACGUUGCUUAAUCCGGCUUCGGAAGAUAUGCUCGAAUGCCUGUGCAAGUUACUGACGACAGUUGGAGCUAAAUUUGAGCAGACGCCAGUUAGUGCCAGGGAGCCCGGUCGAUGCUAUUCUCUGGAGAAUUCAAUAAGGAGAAUGCAAGCAAUUGCAUCUAAAACUGAUAAGGAUGGCGCCAAAGUUAGUUCCCGAGUGCGAUUUAUGCUUCAGGACGUAAUCGAUUUGCGCAAAAACAAAUGGCAAUCGACCCGGAAUGAGGCGCCUAAGACAAUGGGGCAAAUUGAAAAGGAGGCUAAAAAUGAACAGCUGUCUGCACAAUAUAUGAACUAUAAUAGCUCAAUAUCGACAACAACAUCAACAUCCAGUCCCAACGGGGGAGUAAGUGGUGGUGCCGGCAAGCGUGAUGCACGGUUUGGCGACGCACGCUCAACGGGAGGUUAUGGUGGCAGUCAUAGUCAACGCGGCGGCGAUGGUGUCAGUAGUAUGCGCCAUCAGCAAUCUAACAGCGGCACUAGCAGCAGCGGCGGAGUUAGUGGCAGUGGCAAUGGCAAUCAUUCGAAUGGAAAUAAUGACGACAAUACGUGGCAUGUUCAGACCAGCAAAGGCAGCCGCUCCCAAGCUGUGGAUAGCAUCAAGCUAGAGGGUUUGACUUUACAGCUGAAUCAAAAUUUGGAUAACAAAAAGAUGGGCGGAGUUAAUCAGUUCAUUAAUUGGAAUAACAAUGCCAUUAGACAAUCGUCGACAACACCAACGACAACACCUUCAAAUUCAUUUGCUCCGCUCUCAUCAUUAAUUGACAAUAAAAGUAGCACGGAUCGAGACCGUAGUGGUGGCUCCAGAAAUAAAGGUUCAUAUCACAAAGGCUCCAUUGAGCGGGAUCGAUACAAUGACCGUGGCAUGAAUUCGCGAACUGGUUCAUCGCAAGGAUCGCGUGAGAAUUCAUCAUCGCGCGUUUCCCAUAAUGCGCAAAAUCGUGGGAUGAUGAGCUCUUCCAUUCAAAAAUCCGCUAGUCAUUCAAAAUAUACUCAACCAGCGCCAGCAACUAGACUUUCCAACAAGUCCCUAGGUUCUUCUUCAUUAAGCAGUUCGGGCGGCGUACACAGGGGCAUCGAGCAACAGCAGCAACAACAACAGCCGCAUUUAUCAAGUGGCUCAAUCUCCGCUAGCACCUCAGCAUCUCAGUCUCAGUCAACAACUAAGGGCAUCGCGCCGCCAGCAACAUUCAUUGUGCCAACGGAGGCCGAUUCCAAGCUAUUUAAAUCUGUUUUGUCUGAUAUACUUGAAGCUGAUUUUAUGGUCGAUCAAUGCAUACAACGAAUACCAGAAGUGCAGCGCUGUGGAUUUUUAUAUUACAUACUAAAUGAAUAUUUGCAUUUGGCGCAAGUGGGCAAACAAAACAGAAGACAUCUUGCAAACGCAAUUGCCCAACUAAUACAGCAGAAUUACAUUUCCGCGGAACAUUUUAAACUGGCAUACAAUGAAUUUUUCAGCACUGCUGCCGAUUUAAUGUUUGAUGUUCCUGAAUUGUGGCUGUAUAUUCUUCAGUUUACUGGUCCAUUGAUAGUCAAGAAACAUUUGACGGUAACUGAUUUGUGGAAUAAAAAUUCAUUAGACAGCAGUCAACUGAAAAUGGGUAAAAAGUUUCUUCAUUGCUUUUUGACAUAUUGUACAAGAGAAGUAGGACCAAGCUUCACUCACAGCAUAUGGAAAAAAUAUAAUAUGUGCUGGUCAGAUUACAUGCCUGAUAAUGAAGUUAGUGAUUUCAUAAAAUCUAAUAGAUUUGACUUUGUGGAAAAUAUAUUGAAGACGCCAGUGAUUGAUGAACGCGAUUCCCACGAAACACACGUGCAAAAUGUGAUAGAACAUAUUGAGCAGUUGCUUAAGGAAGGCUCGACUGCUGAUGAAAUUAUUGAUUAUAUCAAUGGCAAUAUUGUUGUAGCCGAUAAACUGUUUAUUAGAGGAUUGACAGAAAAUUUAUGCAAAUUUGCAAUCGUUUACAAGGAUAAUAGCUAUAAGCUUGAUCCAGAACUCUUUCAAAAAUUCUGCAUACCGGUUUUUCAGCGGUUUAUCGCUUCCAAUGAAGAUCUUCAGCUCGAGUGCCUUUACGGAGUACAGUUGCUCGUUCAUAGCUGGGAGCAACCUAGAGGGCUAUUGAGCGAACUUUUUGGUGAACUGUACGAUGGCUUUGUUAUACAAAAGGAGUCACUCUAUAAAUGGCGCGAUUCGAAAGACCAUUCAGCAGGCAAAGGUGUGGCUGUUAAGAGUGUGAAUCCAUUUUUAAACUCAUUAUUCAACGAUGAAGCCAAUUAAUGUAUCAAUAUAUAUAUAUACUCGGCGAGCUCACAGAGCGAGUUUUAGGACAGAGAAAACAUACACAAUUUAGCAGAGCACUAGCAACAAAGUAAACAUUGCAGAAUAAUAAAAAAUAUAUACUUUCAUAUAUAUAAAGAAGUGUGAAGUUGUGGCGGAAAAACCAGAGUAAAAAAAUAUAAAUGUUCUGUUAAAAUAUAUGGAUGAACGCAUAUACACUACAAGAUUUUACACGGACAGAGUAUAUAUAUAUAUGCAUGUAAAUUACAAUGUAUGAAUGUACUAUAAAAAUAAAAGCUAACCUGAAGGAAAUUUAUAGUUAUACAAUAAUUAUUUACU